UAAAAGAACAAAUCAUAGCGCAUGCGCCACAACACAUGUUUGCUAACAUUGCAGAAAUCAAACGUUAGGCAAAAAUCAUGACGAUAACACGCUUACUAGCUCUGUUCCUUUACGGAACUUUCGCUUAUGUUAUUGCCGUAACUAACUUUACUGAGUUUAUCAAAUAUGAAGACCUUGGAGGAUUUACGUGCCCGUCUGACCAGGUCGUUUUUGACGACAAGGAUAAAGGGAGUUUAGUACAAUGCGUCUUGCAGUGUUCCAAAACCUCAACGUGUUACGGUGUUUUUCACGUCGAAGAGAACAUGCGCUGCGUUGGCUGCAAGGACAAGUUUCUGACAAACGCCUCAGCACCGUUCCUCAAUGGCACUGAAUAUUACAGGCGUCGGACGUACAGACUGAUAACACAGCGUAUGGGGUGGGCUGAUGCGAAGAAACACUGUGAAGAUCUAGGAGGAUAUUUAGCAGUCAUCAAGUCACAGGAAGAGCAAAGCUAUAUAGACAAAUAUUUGGACAAAUACUUCACUAACGCUGACUCGUACCAGUACAUUUGGAUAGGAGCAUCGAGAGAUGAACGUGAAGUCUACCUUUGGCAAGACGGAACCAAAGUUUCCGAUGGUUACAGCAAUUGGCGUCCUGAAGAGUCGAAGUAUGGUGGUUUUCGUUGUAUUUAUUUAAAAUAUGAUGGAGAGGGAUGGGUUUGGAAGGACUAUUCCUGUUUUAGCGCUAUUUUCAGUUUAUGUGAAUAUGACUGAUUAAAAAAAAGGUCGAAAAAAGGUCAGGCAUCUUAUCUAAAUCUAUCCAUUGCGACGUUAUAAAAACGAAAGAAAAACAAAUAUUUCUUUUCAGGUCCCUUAUGGGUAACCUCAUUUAUUUUCCCUGUCACUGGCAUAAUAGGGGUCGGGGAGCAUCCGCCUAUCAAGCUUACAUUAUUUAUCAGAUGAAAUAAUAUUAUGAAAUAAAUAGAAUCCAUAUAAUACAAAUAUUAACAAUAGUUAACAUAAUUAGAAGCAAUAUAUUAACAUAAAGCAGUCAUAGAGAGCUUCAAACAAGAAACACCCCUUCGCUAUACGAUAUCAUUGACUUGUCCGCAAGCGAAAAGAAGCGAAGAUAAUUUUAUCUAAUUUUAAUUAAAAUCCUUACUUAGUUACGCCUUUUGCCUUAACCAAAAUCCGUAAGUACACUGGUUCGAUUACAUUUCUGAAAUUUAAACCUUCAAUUCCAAUACCUUAUCUUAAGUCCGAUAUUUACAGAAACAAUUUAAAUUUUUGAAUUCAUUACAGAUUUCCCAAUGAUUUAUUCGCAUCCGAUUACAAACAGGUUUAAAAUUUGUAAAAAGAACUAAAAACGUAUCUAAUUCUCUCCUAUAAAUUAAAUAAGAUAUAUAUCUGUCAAUGAAAGUGUGUACAAAAAUUUUACCCAUAGAUUAUAAUACUUUGAAUUAGGAUAUAAAAGUAAGAUGUGAUUUUUACAGGUUAUAGUUUACUUGCAACCAUAAGAUUUGAAUGUUUAUGUUACCCAGAGGUUAGGGGGUUCAUGGAACUCAGCCAACCAUAAAAUUUGAAUGUUUAUUAUGUUACCCAGAGGUUGGGGGUUCAUUGUUUUUGUCCUAUUAUUGUGUCUGAGUCCCACGUUCUUUUCGCAGCAUCUCCUCCAAAACCUACGGACCUUCAUAGAAAUGUUUGUUGAAAAGAAUCGUCGGCACAUUCCGCUUGAAUUGUAGACACAUUUUGCUUGGGUUGUUGGCACAUUCCGUUUGGAUUUUCGGCACAUUACGCUAGGGUUACUGGCACAUUCCGCUCGGAUUGUUGACACAUUCCGCUUGGAUUAUCGGUAUAUUCCGCUUGGAUUGUCUGCACAAUCAGAGUCCCGGGUUUCUAAAAGGUCUUUUCUUUACAUUUAUUGAAACUAGUUGAUUUUCUAACUACACCGCAAACGUUUUUAUGUCGUUCAAAUAUGUGAACAAUGUGGUUUUCUAAUAUCGUUAUACUGAAACGUAUGCGUUUUGUAAUUGCUAAAAAUACAUUCGGACAACAUUUAGAACACCGUCACCUUUCAAUAUAAUCACUUAAUGAUCUCUAACAAAAUAAUUUUUAAUUGAACGGUUCACGUAUAGAAAUAUUGCUAUUGUAUGUAAGCGUUGAUCAAAUGAAGUUUAGUCUCAAAUUUAUUUUUCUCAAAACUUAGUGCUGAAAAAGUUGUGUAUUCAAGUUUCUAUACAAUUGCUGUCAGUCCAUUGCUCUUAUUUCGGUCAUAUUGGUGUCAGUUCAUUGCUCUUAUUUCGAUCAUAUUGCUGUCAGUCCAUUGCUCUUAUUUCGAUCAUAUUGCGGUCAGUCCAUUGCUCUUAUUUCGGUCAUAUUGCUGUCAGUCCAUUGCUCUUAUUUCGAUCAUAUUGCUGUCAGUCCAUUGCUCUUAUUUCGGUCAUAUUGCUGUCAGUCCAUUGCUCUUAUUUCGAUCAUAUUGCUGUCAGUUCAUUGCUCUUAUUUCGAUCAUAUUGUUGUCAGUCCAUUGCUCUUAUUUCGGUCAUAUUGCUGUUGGUUCAUUGCUCUUGUUUCGGUCAUAUUGCUGUUAGUUCAUUGCUCUUAUUUCGGUCAUAUUGCUGUUGGUUCAUUGCCCUUAUUUCGGUCAUAUUGCUGUUGGUUCAUUGCUCUUAUUUCGAUCAUAUUGCUGUCAGUUCAUUACUGUUAUUUUGAUUGUAUUUCUGUCAGUUCAUUGCUCUUAUUUCGGUCACAUUGCUACUGUAUGUAGUUAUAAAUGAAAUUGUUGUUAACUUAUUGCUCUUUUAUGCAUGUUUUGGUCAUAAUGUUGUCAAUUCAUUGCUCUAGUUUAUACGUUUUAGUCCAGUAGCUACCACUGUAUUGCUAUUGUAUGUACAAGUCUAUUACUAUACAUAACAGUCACUGUCGAUUCUUGAAGUAUCCAAUAUUUUAAGUAUCCAAUAUUUAAAGUAUCCAAUAUUUUAGUAUUUUAAGUAUCUAAUAUCUAAAGUAUCCAAUAUUUUAAGUAUCCAGUAUUUUAAUAUUUUAAAUAUCUAAUAUUUUCAGUAUCCAAUAUUUUAAGAAGGUUAAUAAUGGAUAGUUAUAUGUAGUAAAAUAAUCGUGCGUAUAGACAUAACGGUAUCGAUAAAUAACCUAUGUGAUGGACAAAGGUAGCAAAGGACUACGUCUCAAUCGUGUUUAAGUUUAUUUCUGACCAUUUCUAUCAAUUUAGUGCUCCUGAAUUUUAUUAACGGUUUUAUUUACGGUCCUAUGACCAAAUUGACUUUUCUUGUGUUUAAGUUUUAACCGCAUUUAUACUUUAUUGUUGUCCUAUGAUUUGUCUUUAUAUCACGUAGUAAACGUUGUUAUAUAGAAGAGCAAAUUCAUUCAUGUUUUAAGUAUUGUAUUAGAAAAUUAUGAAAAAAAGAUGAAUUAUAUCUAUCUGUAAUAUUCAAUGACAAUUUGGUAAUAAGACUGGGUAUAUUUAUUACAUACACAAUAUUUCAAAGAAAAGUUCGGCUACAUCCCUUUCGACCAAUUAAAUUUUGUAACAAAUACUAGGAAGUAUUUGUUACAUGUAUAUGAACAUUUCAGUCGUCCCUAUUUUUGCAGACCUCCAGAUAGAUUAUGCUACCACAGCGGCAUUGUUUAGAAGUGACAUUGAAACCCAUAAAAAGAAGGUUGAAUCGAACUUACUUCAGAUUUGUGUGGAAAAUAUAUGUAAAGUAUCAAGUCAAUACCUAACAUCACCCUUGUUAUCCGGAUAAUACAAAAUGCUGUGAUAAUUCCAAAAUGCUACACCAAGAAAUGAAGCGCAUUUAUGUUAAUAUACUCAGUCUUAUUUACAAACAAUUUUGUACGCUAGAUCAAUAUUGUAUAAUUAUAAUGGUUUUACACAUCUGCCAUAUCAAUUUAGAGUUUCAAUCUGUACACCUGUUGUGCUACUGCUUAAUGAAACCCCUGUAUGACAAUUCCAUCUGUAAAUGCAUGUAUUAUGUUGAUAAGGUUGACGUUAUUUGUCAAACUGUUUCGGUCUGUGAAACAUAUAAUUUAUUUGUACAUAAGAUUGAGCAACGAUGCUCUUAGCUGCUAAAAUGUUUGAUAAUGUAGAAAGAAACAAUUGAGGGGUAAUGGGAAAAGUCACGUUUCAAGAACGCGCUCCCCAUGCAGCAGUGUGCAUGAUAGACAUGCAUAUAAAGAAACAUACACAAGUUAACAAAUAGACAAGAAGGAAAAAAAGAACAUAUGAAAGAACUCAGUAGGGUAACUUGAUAUUUAGGAUAAUAGUAAAUACAAAUUCUUGUCUUGUAUAAUACUGACAUACACGUACAGAAAAAAGUCAUGACUAAGAAAAUCUUAAAGGUUGGAAAGAACAAUUAACAUGCGAGUUUUGUCAUUUUGUGUAAACUGUUGUUGCAGCUUGUUGCUUAAUAACAACACAAUUAAUUUUAGUAUUUUUUUAAAUUUUAUGCAAGACUGUGAUUGUAUGUAUACAUGAUUUUGUUUUCAUGAAAAGUGAUGUGAUAUUGCAGUUGGUGUACAUGGGUAUGUUUUAAGAGUAUCAAUUUGGUAGUCAUAGGUGCUAGGUUCAGCAAUUUUCCUGAAACAAUCAUUAAUAAUUUGUUUUAAAUCAAAAUUAAGCACUCGCUGUUUUUUUUUUUCACUUAAAUAAAAAAUAUUGAAUAUUGAAAUUUUUUGACAUUACUUGAAAGCAAUGGUAUUUCAUCUUCUCAGAAUUAUAUAUUAGCGCCUAAGUGUGAAAACUAACAUAAGGGUUUUGCGACCAGUAUGGAUCCAGAUCAGUGUGAACAUCAGUGCAGUCUGAAAUGGAAAAAUAUAUGUUUUGCUGGUUAGUUUCAUACAAGUGGUAAACUUGAUAAGGUAACAGUAUGGAUGUGGGGAUAAACAAAUAGUAUGGUCAUGGGGAUAAAAAAUGGAUGUGCACCGUUCUGGAGCUGGCCGCAAAAACCUAACUUAUAUGCAUAUGUGUAAACAAGAUGUUAUCGACUAAAAAACUAUCAUUUAUUAUCCUUAAGGUUUAAUUAAGAAGAUUGACAUUUAAGUGAUUUUGCUUUAUGUUCAUUUUAAGCAAAUGAAAAUGGUUUUUGAAUAGAAUUUGGUGAUAAAAGAUAUGCAGUUAGAAUGACAUUGUAUAAAUAUGUUAACACUUGAUCAAAGAAAUGCGAUUGGCAAAAAACUCACAUGUGAUAGAAUAUUCACAAAUUACAAUCCAUUUUACAAAUUAACGAUUGGAAAUGAUAUAUAAUUUUGUCAACUGGAAAAUCUACAUUAAUUAUUGAACUGUUUUCAAGAGGUUAAUUCACUGUUAUAUGUAGCUAAAAUGGAAUAAAUGUAUAUGUAUGUUUAUUACUUAGUGUUAACUGUUGUUGCAGCUUAAAGCUUAAUAAAAAAAUCAGACAAAAAUAAUAACUGCUGUUCAAUUUAUAAUAAUCUUCUAACAGAUUGUCAUGUAUGAGAGUAUAAUAUUGUAUGUAUGUCCCCACAACUGAAUUAUAAGCAAUGAGGAUAGUUCUUGAACAGAUAGAAGAUAGAACAUAUUCAAUUAGAAUGACAAUGUGUAAAUAUGUUAAUACUUGAUUAAAGAAAACAGAUUGACAAAAAGUCUCUGUGAUAAAAUAUUCACAAAUUACAAUUACUUUUACCAAUUUACGAUUGGAAAUAAUUUUCUAUUAUAAUUUUGUUAAUUGGAAAAUCUUCAUUAAUUAUUGAACUCUUUUAAAGGGAAUUCCUAUAGUUUUUUAUGCGCAUCUUUCUGCGCUGCCGACACUUUCUAUGGAAAACUGAACUGAAGUCAACAUUUGUUGAAACAUGUUACAGUAAUUAAAUGUUGAUAUUGGUUUAUGUUGUAUUGACAAGUAUCAUGCCUGACAGGUAUCUUGCUAUUUUCAUGGUUUUCACAGCGCAUUUUAGUACAAAGACAGUGUUGUUCAUAAUGUAA